CACUCCAAAUUUUUCUGCAUCUCACCCUGUCCGAUUCCGGAAUCACAUCCUAAAAACUAUUAACUUAUUUAUUGUUUUUUAUUUGUGUUUAAUAACUAUUCACGAAGAAGCAUAAGCACUUUUGGCGAUGACGAUGCGCGUGUUUUUCCACGUAUCGGGCAACAUCGCCGGCGACCCGACUCAUUGCCGCCGGUUGCAAUAUCACUCAUGAAAACGUAAUUUCUGAAACGAGAAGAGUCUCUGUCCGUCGUUUACGUCCUCCACGGUCGUUUCCGCGUUAAUCCCUUUCCAAGAAUUGGGAUGAAGAAGGCGUCACCUGUGACGUUGGAUCACGUGCUUCUGGCGUCGCAGGAGACGAAGGAGGCGCGUGAGGUGCGGAUUCGGAGCCUCUUCGAAUUCUUCGACAGAGAGAAUCGCGGGUUCUUGGACUACGCGCUCAUCGAGGCGGGUCUCUCGGCGCUUCAGAUUCCGUCGGAGUACAAGUACGCGAAGGAUUUGUUGAACGCUUGCGAUGCGAACAAUGAUGGGAGAGUGGAUUUCCAAGAGUUCAGGAGGUACAUGGACGACAAGGAGUUGGAGAUUUACAGCAUUUUUCAGGCCAUCGAUGUAGCACACAAUGGCUGCAUUUUGCCGGAGGAGCUUUGGGAGGCUCUCGUAAAAGCAGGCAUGUUUCUUUGUUUCAUAUUAUUGCAAAUUAACUCGUGAUUUUGUUGAUGUUUGAGUGUUUCGGUUGUCUUGUGUUUGAUUUUGUUUGUAGGUUAGUUUGACAUAGAAUUGUGUUGUGUAAUUUUUGUUGAAAUCCAUGUCCACCACUGACAUGACCAAAAAAAAAUAAUGUAAAAAGUACAGGUUAUUCUCACUAGUUUACGUGCUAGCUUGAGUUUUAGUUGGACUUAAACUCAAAUACUAAGAUAAUACCAGAGUUUAUUAGUGAUUUGUUCGAAGUACGAGGGUCUUGCGUUGGAGAUUCCUUAUUAAUCAGUAAUAUGAUCAAAUUAGUGUACUUUAGUGGAGGUCAGUAUAAUGAUUUAUAAGUUUAUCAAACGAAGGAGGAUUUUAACAAAGGUAUGGUAUUUACUGAAGGGGAAAACAUUCAUUAUAUUGAAAACAAAAAGAAAAAUCUAAUAUUUGUUAUUUUUUAAAUAAAUAAAAAUCUGAUACCUUAAAAGAAUAGUGACAUUAAAAUAAUAAUAAAAAUCUGAUAGAGGAUAUUACGUGCUCCUUAUGAAAAGUUUGAUUGCCAUGGUUUGACUUGUUUGACGGUUUAAAUUAGUGGUCACAAGUAUUGUUAAUCUCAAGUCACAAGUCUUUACCAGACCCUAAUUACGUUUUUAUUGUAGUGAGGAGAUUGUUGAACAUUUUGGAACAUCUCUUCGUAAUGAAUGCAAUUUAACUGCAAGGUUUGCUCGCCUAGGCUUUGGUUGCCUUGUAGAAAGUUGAAUGGAAAAGGAAAAUGAAAAUCACCUAUUAAAACAACCUUUCCCUUGCAUGUAGCCUUAUUGACUACUGAUUUAUCUGAUUUUAGGUUGUUUUGAUCGAUAGUUAUAACUGAGUACAGUAACAUAAAUCGAAGUUCAACUUCAUUCCAAACUAAAUUUUCCAUUGUUAUUUUACCGACAAAUUAACAUAAUAUAAGCCCUCGGUAUCUGAGAGAGAUCUGAACGUUGAGUGUUGGAGCGUGUGAGAGAGAUCUUCUUAGUGAGAGAGUUUGUGAGAUCUGAACGCCUGAGUGUUGGAGAUCGGAGAGCUUGAACGCGAGAUCGGAAACCUUUCCAGCCAAACUUCAACUUUCAUGUUCCAAGGCUUUGCUCCGUGGCGAAAAAUGGAUAUGGAAGCCAAGACAGUUCAUAAACGAUGGCGGUCUACCCUGGAACAAGUUAGAAUCUUGCUGAACAUCUACAACCACGGGAUCAUCAAUCCUAGUCGAGAUCAAGUUCGCGAGAUUACAGGACGACUCCAGGAGUACGGGGAAGUCGGAGAAUACAGCGUCUAUUGUUGGUUUCAAAACCAUGGAAAUCGGGUGAAGAAUCGAGGCUGGCACCAAAGCAUCCCUGAUACACCUGGAUCUUCAUUUACCCUCCUUCCUCCGUAUAUAUAUGAUCCUUCAUGGGUACUUCCACAGACUCCGAAGCUCUUAGAUCUCUUUCCCAUUCCCGUUAUACGCAAAGAAGAAGAGAGAGUUACUCAACCCAUGCCGUUUCGCACCCAAGCUCCUUCCACAGAGCUUUCCUUGAGGUUGUCGCUCGCCGAUCAGUAGUCUCCUUAGGGGGACUAUUUUUAUUUAUUUACUGUAUUUUAUGGACUGUACUCUUAAUGGUCACUUGUGGCCAACUCGCGAACAUUUUAUUUUAAUUAUGCAAUGUGUGACCUUUAUCUGCUUUGCUCUUUAUGUAUGUUUGUUUAACGUGUGUGGUACCAUUUUCACACGAAUAUUAAGGUAUCUGGUUAUAACUAUGAGAUUUGGAAAAAUAUGUAGUCCCCAUGAUCUUAUAGACCUGAGUUAAUGAAAUAUAUGC